AUGACCCCAAAGAUUUCUGAUUUUGGAUCAGCUCAAACACUCUGUUCAGACGUAACAGAAGAGCGUACAAGCAGGGUGGUGGGCACUAGUGGUUACAUUGCUCCGGAGUAUGCAUCUCGAGCAGUUUACUCACUGAAGACAGAUGUCUUCAGCUUUGGCAUCUUGGUUCUGGAGACCAUUAGCGGACGAAAGAACACCAUACUCGACAAGCGAGGGGAUACCGUUGGCGAUCUUGUACGAGAUGUAACCUGGUGUCUGUGGAAGGACAGAAGGCUGCAUGAGCUCGUGGAUCCGUCUCUAGGGAACAGAUAUGAAGUCGCUGAGAUAACACGAUGUGCUCAGGUGGCACUGCUCUGUGCUCAGGAAGAUCCAGCAGAUCGGCCCACCAUGACUGACGUUGCUGCAAUGUUGAGCUCCGAAAGCAUGAGGCUACCAAUGGAGCCUAAGCAGCCUGCCGUGCUGAGUGAAGGGAGUGCUGGUGAAGAUACAUAUAUGAGCCAGUCAAGCAGGACGGUGGACAUAACCAUAACAAGUUCAGCCACUGUGCUGACUAGGGUUCGGAUCAUUGUAGACCCGGAGGUUUGA